CAUUAUUUUGCGUUCGUUGUCAUGUAAACAAAAAUCUUGAGACAACCGACGUGGGCUGUUUCUAAAGCCCUUUAAAAGAAGAGGAACACGGUGACUGUAUUUAAGAUAUGAGAAUGAACUGUUUAAUAUCAAAAUGCUUGCUGAGGCCCCAGUCUUUUUCAAGACUAAUAGCAAACAGAAAUGUAACAAAGCCUCUCAGUAAAGUACAUCCUCUAAGCGAGAAUCCCCUCAGAACCAUACACAGCGAGACAAUAUCUAAGGCAUAUGCAGACAAGAUUAUCCAAGAAACAGAGCUAAGCAGAGACCACCUCACACCUGAACUGAACCUUCACCUCAUCACUCAGUCAUGUCGACUCUGGAAAGCACACCCUGAAGACUCGCCUUUCCCUGAACCUUUCUGGGCUUUUUAUUGGCCAGGAGGUCAGGCGGUAGCAAGGUAUGUGUUAGACUGCCCAUAUUUAAUAAAGGGCAAGAGAGUUCUUGAUUUUGGCUGUGGUUGUGGAGCAAGUGGGUUAGCAGCACUUAAGUCAAAGGCUAAGAUGGUGAUGUUUAACGACAUUGAUGAAGUCAGUAUUGAAGCAGUAAAGCUGAAUGGGAAAAGUAAUGAAAUAAAAGUGAGUGAAACUUCCACAGAAAACCUCAUAGGAAGCAGCUGUGAAGAAUAUGACGUGGUGUUAGUUGGAGAUAUGCUCUAUGACACUGAUUUUGCUGAUGAAGUGUUGCUGUGGUUAGAUAGUAUUCGUAAAAGAAAUAAACUGGUGCUUAUUGGAGACCCAGGAAGAUUUGCCCUGGCAUCUCACCCUCUAAAAGGUGACCUAAGGUGCUUCGGAAAAUAUCACUUAUCUAAAACAACAACCCUAGAAAACAAUGGCUAUUCACAGGCUUGUGUAUGGAGUUUCCUAUGAGUUAAUUAUAUAUUUUUAUCAAAGUA